AUGCUGCAAAGAGCACUGGCAAAAGCCGUAACCGGUUCUCCAUCCCUGCAGCAGCUCCGAGCCUGCAGCAGCUCCGAGCUCUCACUGGAGCCUGCAAGCUGCAGCCUGCUCGACAUCACACAGAUGACAGACAGGGCUGUUGUUAUGAUGAACCCUCAUGUGGACAUGCCAUUCUCCCCCAGCAGUCUGAAUACAGGCUGUUUGGAGCGUUAUGGGAAUAUACUGAAUGUUGACACAACUGGAGCUUCGGAGGCAACCGCAAAACCAGAAGGUCUGAGCUAUGCAGGAGUUCCUGCCUCAGAGAAGAUUGCAGAAAGAGAUUUGAAGAACAUGGAGAAAUACCAAGCCAAGAUUACAAAAGUUGGCAACAGCAAGUGUGUUGACCCAGCUGUGAUUGCUGGUAUUAUCUCUCGAGAGUCACACGCUGGGACAGUGCUGAAGGAUGGCUGGGGUGACCACGGAAAUGCAUUUGGUUUAAUGCAGGUUGACAAACGGUACCAUAAGAUUGUCGGGUCAUGGGACAGUGAAGAGCACUUAGCACAAGGCACAGAGAUUUUAUGUGGGAUGAUAAGGGAAAUCCAGAAGAAGUUCCCAACAUGGACAAAGGAACAGCAGCUCAAAGGUGGGAUUUCAGCCUAUAAUGCGGGAGCUAAAAACGUCCAGACCUACGACAGAAUGGAUAUUGGCACAACGCACAAUGACUAUGCCAAUGAUGUGGUUGCAAGAGCCAAGUUUUAUAAAAGAAAUGGAUACUGA